GUACGUCGAAUCGUCGACCAUCUACGACCAUGCAAGUAAAAGGUUUCCAUUCAACGCUCUCAACUAGUAUUCCUCUACAUGCACGACAUGAAUAUGCAGCAUGCAACUUAUUUGUCCUCCAUGAACUUCCAGCCGAUAUUAUCAUUGACUCGUUUGAGCUCAAUGACCAUGGACUCUCCUUCCAGUUUGUGGGGAAUACGAAUCUGGAGCUACCCAUGUCCGGGGUAGCGAAUGAAUCAGGCUGGCUGUUGGUCGCCGUUAAGCCGGAGGCAGACUUGAUCGUGGUGGAUGUGCCUCUCCAUGUUAGAUACGGUGUGCCGCAGGAGGGUCAUGACCCUCGUCACAUUAUCCAGCUACCCCCUCCAACUUGUUUUUGGGCUUGUCCUUCCUCAUACAAAUCACUCCACAGCACACUCCCAUCACAGUCUCCCAAAUUUCACUUGCUUAAUUCAUCUGCUCAGUUCGAAAUCUUUCAGCACACAACUUCAUCAUUUCUCUCAUUUGACAUUCCUGUCGGCAACAUCAAUCACACCCUCUAUAUCGAGUUAUGUACCGUGACUGUGACCCUCCUUGCCUUCGUCUACGUUGUCCAGCACUGUUGGACAAUCUCCAAAACCCUCUAUUAUGUGCACCUCAAGAUGCAAUAGCUCCUUUUAGCACAGAGUAUAGAGAAAGGCAAGCAAAAUAUCAGUCUCG